CCGCCGCCAACAACAACAACAACCGCCGCAUGGCGGAAGGCAACAACAGAAAUGCAGUUCACAUUCCCAUCCACGUGAUAGAAACUAUCCUGUUCAAAUUGCCGGCGAAGUCCGUCCUCCGGUUCCGAGCAGUUUCCAGAUCGUGGAGGAACCUCAUUUCCGAUCCGGCAUUCCACCGAACCUACAUCCGAGGCUACCAGAAUUCGUCCUCCCAACCCAAUCUCUUCGUCUCGAAACCGUCGUACCGCCAUGGCGUUUCUCUGGUCAAAUUCGAAGGGGGGAAAUUCGUCGCCGUCCGGCUUUUGCGACGGCUUGGUUCUCCUACGGCCGCCGUCGCUGUCGAAUUACGUCCUGUGGAAUCCCUCAACUGGAGCCACCAUGGAAUUCUACUCACGUUGGUCCCUGAGCCUAACGAGCGCCGGGAUGUGUUACGGCCCGAUUCUCGACGAAUUCAAGGUCGUCGUCAUAGCGAGAUCGUGGCUGCCGGACUACAUAGUCUAUUCCUGCAGGACCGGAAUCUGGGAAAAGAGGCGGAAGCCGUUCGCAAAGACCGAUCAAGUCAGCGAAUCGGGGUUGUAUUUCGACGGGGCCGUGUAUUGGCUCAACGUCGACGACGAUAACCCGAACAUUGUCAAGAUCUUCUAUUUCGAUCCGAGAGACGACCAGCUCAAAAUUCUAAAGAAGCCAGCUGGCGCGGGGGGCAACAACGACAGACCGAUUUUCCUGACGUGUUUGAAGGGGCGUCUGUGCGUUUACAGCAACGAUGCGAAAGACGAGACGGUGGUUAGAAUCUGGACGAGGAACGAGAACAAUAGUUCUUGGGAUGUGUUGAUGAGUAUCGGUAUCGAGAAUGUGCCGGAAAAUAUUAGCUCUAUCCGGCCGAUGUUUUUCGCCGGAGAUAAGGUUGUGAUACGUCGGAUGAUUAUAAGCAUGACGUAUUGGGAAACUCCGGUAGUUCUGGUCUACGACGCUCGGGAGCAAAAGUUUGAGGGUUGUGAUAAACCCGUGGGUUUUGGGGAGGUGUUCGUUCCUUACGUCGAUAACCGUUUCUUCCCUGUUCAAAAAGUCGCCAGGCCCAAGAGGAAGCGUAAUACUCUGCACAGUAACCUUUGUGAGUUGUCGGAUUGAUCUCAGCACUAAAAACGUGUAUCGAGAAUUCGUGUUUUCUGAUUUUGAAUUAGUCGGAUUUGAUUACUAGUGAAUGUCUGUCGUUUCGGGAGUCGAGUUAGUCCGAUUGGUCAGGUAGUAAAUGCGUAUAUAGUUUUGUUCGUGUUUUCCGAGUCGAAAUUAGUCGGAUUAAUCAGCAGUAAAUGUGUAUAGUCGAAAUUCCUAUUUUUUCCCGAGUUGAAUUAGUCCGAUUAAUCGGAGUAACGAACGUGUAUAUAGUUGAUUCUCGUUUUCUGAGUACAGUUUCGACCGUAGAGGAUGUUCAGUGGACGAAAAUUCAUAUACACAUUUAACAAUAAAAGAAAAACGGAAAUCUGUCGAGGUCCGCCUCUAAAUCGAAAAACACUCGAAAUAA